AAAAUCUAUAUUAUCGAUUAGUGAUUUAGGAUUAUGUAAACCUGUAGAAUAUUUUCAAUCAUCAAAAAAUAAUGAUAUUUAUGGUGUUUUACCAUUUGUAGCACCUGAAGUUUUAAGAGGUCAACCUUAUUCUUUUGCUAGCGAUAUAUAUAGUUUUUCAAUGAUAAUGUGGGAAUUUAUAUCUGGAGUUUCUCCAUUUUAUAAUGAAGCUUAUGAUUUUCAAUUAGCUUUAAAUAUUUGUAAAGACAAGCGUCCUGAAAUUAUUAAAGAUAUUCUACAAUGUUAUAUAGAUUUAAUGAAAAGAUGUAAACCAAAUUGUACAUCAACAACAGAUUCAGUGAUAAAUGUACCUCCGGAAUAUAAUACCAAUAAAACAACAAAUGAGUUAGCAGCUGGCGAUUGCACCUUGCAAUCAGACGUUUGGCCUUAUUAUGAGGAUGAAGAACCUAUUAUUUUUCCUAACGGUUUAUUAUUUGGUAUAUUUGAUGAAGAAAGAAUUCGCUCGAGUCGACAGACGAAAGAUUCAGUUAAAUAG